UCUGCAAGCUUUGCAUUACUCAAAAUUAAAGUUUAUACAGUUCGUCGUUAUGGUUACGUAAAAAGGUUUAUGAUGGGACCACCAAUACAGCCACUCUUCCUUAUGGUUCAUUGAUAACUUCCAGGAGUUAUAAACCUCUUUGAGACAUCCAGGACAGUUUACUUUCAGCCCAUUAUCCGAGACUUUCCGCCUUCCUGCGACACUGGUUUAUUGUCGAGUCUUCAUCCACCUGUUUUCACCCAAGUCUUUUUCCUUCUUUGAAAGAAACUGUAAGACUUCACUUCCACGCUGCUGCAGUCAGGAAGAUGUGAGCGAGUCUUUCUGUGCUCUCCAGUGAUGUGUAAACAUCUAUCCUCGGGGAAUGAGCAGAUUCAUGUAAAUACAUUCCUGCAAAUAAACUUAUAAUAUGAAACUCUGACACCAAAUUAACGUAGAAUUCUUUACAACAAUGCCAAGCAUGAUACAUAUAUGAAAAGUAUUAAUUUUAUUGGGAAACCGUAAAAUUUUUAUCCUUUUUUUAAACCUAACUUUAAUUGUUUUUAACAAGAUGGUACUAUUAUUUCUUAGGUUAUACCUAUAUCUUUACGUGCAUUGAGGGGGAAAUUUUAGUAUGCACCAGAAAUGCAAUGAAAUAAGCAUGCAUAACACAACAGAAAUCUGUCUGGUUGAAAGUCUAAUAAUGUGCAUGCAUGCAGAAACUGCGAUUACCACAAGCCAAAGUCGUCAAUAUGGUGAACCCACGAGGGAUGUACCAAGUGUAUUGGUGUGCCAAAGUACCGUCAAAUGGGGAUACUUGAGACAGCAGGGAAACUUGAGCCAUUUAAGAUUAGUUUUUUUUCAUGUUGGUAGCUCUGCUGAAAAUAUACAUAAUCAUAUGUUUUUAUAAUGGCUGAGUACUUCACAUUUUAAAGAGGUACUUUGAAAUUGAUAAUAUUGUUUAAUUGUGUUUAACAUAUUUCCUGCAUAGUUUUUAGUAUUUUCUUGUAAAAUACCAUAAAAAAAUGGUCAGAAAGCAUGCAAGGAAACCAGGAAGUACAUAUGCUGCUUACUCAAAUAAAGCGAUGGAAGAUGCGAUGAAAGCAGUAAGCGAAGGUAAAUUAUCAAUCAGAAGCGCUGCAGAAAAAUAUUCAGUGAACAGGUGUACACUUAAUCGAAAACUGAAAGGAGUUCAUGUUUAGCCAUAUGGGAGACCACCAGCAUUAUCACAAGAUGAAGAGGCAGUUCUACUGAAGAGUAUCAUAACAGCUGCAGAAUGGGGCUUUCCCCUUUCAUGUUUAGAUGUUAGAUUUAUUGUGAAACAGUAUUUGGACAAAAAAGGUGUUACAGUAUCUCGUUUUAAGAACAAUCUUCUUGGAGAAGAUUGGUGUCGUUCCUACUUGGGAAGACAUAAAGAUGCCCUCACCAUAAGGCUGAGUGAGAACAUCAAGCGCAGUAGGGCACAGGUCAAUGAGGAAACACUGAGGGAAUAUUUCACUAACCUCAAAAAUUCAAUUCAGGACAUACCUGUUGAACUGUUAAUAAACUAUGACGAAACAAAUUUGGUUGAUGAUCCUGGAAAAUCCAAAGUCAUAGUGCGGAGAGGUUGUAAACGUGCUGAACGCAUCAUGGAUUCCAGUAAGGCGACCAGUUCCUUGAUGUUCGCAGGGACAGCAAGUGGAAUUCUUCUUCCACCAUACCUUGUCUACAAGGCGGAACACUUAUAUAACACAUGGCAGGAAGGAGGACCAGAAGGGGCAAGGUAUAAUACCUCAAAAAGUGGAUGGUUUGAUUCAGCAUUAUUCGAGGACUGGUUUGAGACAGUUGCACUGGCCUACUUCAAGAAGGUAGCAACUAAAGACCAGCCGAAAGCAUUGAUUGGGGACAAUCUAUCAAGCCAUUUUACUCUCAGUGUCAUCCAAAAAUGUGAGAAGUACAAUAUUAGAUUCAUCCUGCUCCCUCCCAACAGCACUCAUCUUUGUCAACCUUUGGAUGUGGCUUUCUUUCGCCCGCUAAAGUGUCAUUGGCGUCAAGUCCUUAUGGACUGGAAAAUGAAACACAAGGGAACUAUACCAAAAGAUGUCCUUCCACGUCUCCUGAAAAGUACAUUAAAGAGUUUGUCUCCAUCAAUUGAAAAGAACUUGAAGUCUGGAUUUCGAGCGACCGGAAUUUAUCCUUACAAUCCUGAGGAAGUAUUGAAAAAACUGCCUGCUACAACUAUUGGGAAUAUGUCUAUUUCUGAUGGACUCUCGAAAUCAUUGGAAAGCUAUUUGAGAGAGUCUAGAAAUGCCACUUCCACCCCAAAGCAAAAACGAAGAAGACUGAGUGUUGUCCCUGGGAAGAGUGUAAGCGGAACAUCGUUCCAGUCAGAAGAUGAUCCUGACACUCCUGACUUGGUAUCUUCAGAAGGUGAAGGCAAUACUCCAGUUUCAGUAACCAGAGCGACAGAAGAACAUACGCUCCAAGUUAGUUACACAGGAGAUGUUCAAGUUGGUGAUUUUGUUGUGGUAAGAAUCAAGUUUGCUGGCCCUUCAAACAAAAUGGUGGACAAAUACUAUGUCGGUCAAAUUUACUUAGAGCUUCAAGGUCAGUAUCAGUGUAAACUGUUGAGGAAAAGUGCAAAAUGUGACAAAACAUCUAUCUUCCCUGCUGUCGAUGAUCAGUGGACUUUCAAAAUGGAAGACAUUAUUGUGGUAUUGCCAUCCCCUACCAUUGUUAGAGGAAGGCAUAAAUUCAAGUGUAAUUUUUCUGUUGUUUUACAGUGAUGGUUGAACUUGUUAGUAGGUAUUGUAGUAACUACCUACUCACCUAAGAUUACAGUAUUAAUUGAAUGCCAAUAAUCUCAAUAUUUAUGAUGUGGAUCUAUAACCAAAUUUGCAUAAUAGUUUUGUGUUAAUUCAAUGCCUUAAAUUUUAUCUAAUAAACCUUUGAUGUAAACAAAAUUAUAUAUACAAAUUUUAAUAGUAGUAGUAAUUGUUAAUAACGAUCAUAUUUUGUGUGGUUAAAGUUAGACAAUGUAAGUCAAACAUGUACCAAACUGUAUUUCUGAAUGGGUGGCUCAAGUUACCCUAAACCCUGUUAAACUUGAGCCAUACAUAAAAAUCAAUAUAAAUAAAUUUUAAAUAUCUUCGGGCAAUAUA